GGCUGCACCGAGCGCUUUGUGUCCAGUCCUGAGGAGAUCCUGGAUGUCAUUGAUGAAGGGAAGUCCAAUCGUCAUGUGGCCGUGACAAGUGAGACCCACAGAUCUUGAUUUAUUUAAUCUCCAUCCACUAUUAUUCUUUGUAUUCCAAGUCUCAUUAAAUUAUAAUUAUAAUUAAAUUAAAAUAAUGUGAAUUGUUGUUCUUACAGCUCAGUAAGAUAGGUAGCUCUGUGGAUACUACUGCAUUAUCUUUGUACCUGCUCAAAUUUCAAGGUUACAAGUUUAAUUCUUAAGUUAAAUCCUCUCAACCUUUCAUUUUGAGGUCAGUUACAAGUGUAAUUUAUUUAGGUGAAAAUAACAUUUAAACCUCCUGAAUUACUUGAAAACAAACAAAAGUUCAAUAUAUCCUUCAUAAAAUAUUUGUUAUAAUUAUUAUUAUGGCCAAGACGUCUAAUGUGUAGUUCUUUCUAAAGAAACAGGUAAACGAGGACAUGACCUUCAACCUUACAUCAAAGAUUAUCUCCCUUGACUUCUCAUUAAAUAGUCGUAUUUUUGCAGGAACACAAUCAAGGUUUUUAAGCUUAGCUCUGUUUACUGUUUGUUUCCAAAAUUAUUUUUCUUCUCCCUUGGUUUGUUUUAUUAAUAGCUCCCUUUUUUUGUGUUCUUCAUGCCAUUUCCUUCACAUUUUAAUACGUUUACUCACUUAAGUGAGAAUUAAAAGUGAAUAUCAAAUUUAAGGUUAGAGUAGCCGAACUGAAAGCAAAACUGACUAAGAGAAUUUUAAAUUAUGACUAUUUUGACCUUAAAUUUGAAAUUCACUUUUAUUCCACUUUUAAUUUCCAUUUUAGUAAAUAACCCUGUAAGAUACUGACUGAUGGUGUUCCAAAUAUGUGCAUCAUUGGCAUGCCCCAUGCUUUUCCUUUCUUCCAGACAUGAAUGAGCACAGUUCUCGUAGCCACAGCAUCUUCCUCAUCAACAUCAAACAGGAGAAUGUGGAGACAGAGCAGAAAUUGAGUGGCAAGUUGUACCUGGUGGAUCUGGCUGGCAGUGAAAAG